AACAUAUAUAAACAGCCUCGCCUCCGUACAUGGUGAUGCAACCUAUUACCUAAACAGAACCGGAACAAUCUCUCAGGACACCGUCUUGACGGUGCUUUCGUUGUCCUAAUAUCUCACACUUCCACGACUUACCUGAAAUAUCGAGAAGAAUAAAUCAGGAAUUAUUCAUCGUGAUUGUUUGUUUUGGUUGCAGAGGAAACCUGGUAUAUUAAACGAUUCGUUACAUCUCAGCUGUGAAAUGGUGGCGAUUGACCCUGAAAACACGGCGGUGGAGGAGAGGGAGCAGACUAGGAAGCGGCGACGUUUGACAUGGGACGUCGCCCCGCUCUCUCCGGAAAAUCAAGAAGCUGAGGCUGAGGAAAAUGAUAAGAAAAUCCAGAAAGUAGAGCCUCCAUCUCGGUUGCGGUACUUAUCGCCUCCGCUUAGGGAUGAUGAUCGCGAUGGCCAUUACGUCUUCAGUCUCGGCGAGAACCUGACUCCAAGAUAUAAAAUUCUCAGCAAAAUGGGUGAAGGCACCUUUGGGCGGGUUUUGGAAUGUUGGGACCGUCAAACUCGAGAAUAUGCAGCUAUUAAAGUUGUACGAAGCAUUAAAAAAUACCGUGAAGCAGCAAUGAUUGAAGUUAAUGUGCUCCAGCGACUUUCCGAGAAUGAUACAGGCAAUUCACAUUGUGUGCAGAUGCGGAAUUGGUUUGAUUAUCGCAAUCAUAUAUGCAUUGUGUUUGAGAAACUUGGGCCAAGUUUAUAUGAUUUACUAAAGAGAAAUAAGUACUGCCCAUUUCCUCUGGAUCUUGUUCGGGAAUUUGGUCGCCAGCUUUUGGAAUCUGUAACAUAUAUGCAUGGUUUAUGUUUAAUCCACACCGACUUGAAGCCAGAAAAUAUACUCCUUGUGUCUUCUGAAUCCAUAAGGCUCCCAAGCUACAAGAGGAGUUCAGUUGAUAUGAACUGCAGGUGCUUGCCAAAAUCUAGUGCUAUUAAGCUGAUUGAUUUUGGCAGUACCGUGUUUGACGAUAAGCUUCAUAGUUCCAUUGUAUGCACAAGGCACUACAGAGCACCAGAGAUUAUUCUAGGUCUAGGAUGGACAUAUCCCUGUGACCUAUGGAGCGUAGGCUGUAUACUUGUUGAACUUUGCUCGGGUGAAGCUCUUUUUCAGACACACGAGAACUUGGAGCAUUUGGCAAUGAUGGAGAGAGUGUUGGGCCCCCUGCCUCAGCACAUGAUUCAAAAAGCAAAUCAAGGUGCAGAUAAAUAUUUCAAGAGAUCAAGAUUGAAUUGGCCUGAAGGUGCAGUAUCAAGGGAGAGCAUCAGAGCGGUAAACAAGUUGGAUCGACUUAAGGAUCUUGUAUCACGCCAUGUAGAAUCCUCAAGAUCACCCCUUAUCGACUUGUUACAGGGCUUAUUGAAGUUCGAUCCAUCUGAGCGACUCACUGCUGAAGAAGCACUUAACCAUCCCUUCUUCAGAAAUCCAGCCUAACCAAAGUGCUUAUUUUGUAAUUCCUAAUUGAUUUUGUUAGAGGCUUCAGCCUGGGAUUUUGAUUUUUUAUCAUGUUCAUUUUAAAUGUAUUGUACAUUCAUUCGAUUGACUUACAUGUUUAUUUCAAUAAUUAGGAACAUAAUAGGAAACUUCAGAGUUGGUAAGAA